AUAUCAAGGGCGACAAACACAAAAAUGUCGGCGUCUUUAGCACCUGAGUGCAAUGAAGUUAAGGAGCGCUACGAUACCUGCUUUCUGAAGUGGUAUAGUGAAAAAUAUUUGCGAGGAAACGGCGCCACAGAUGAAUGCGCUGGUCUUUUCAAGGAGUACAAGACGUGCUUGACGGGUGCAUUGAAGAGCCGCGGCAUUGACAAGAUGCUCGCCGAUGCUCGAGAGGAUCACAAGGAGAAUGACGCUGCAAAUCUUCGGAGGAAGUAGAAAGACUCCAGUUAAUCAUCGGAACCCUGUGCUUGCAGGUCAUUCCCUUGUGGUUUCGGCGUUCAGCGCUAUAUACUGUACUAUUAUAUUUGCAACUCUUCCUGGCAUAGUCAAGCAGAACAUUUAGACGGCGUCAAGGAGAUCUCGCCCAGCAUAGCGAAUUUACAAAAACCUCCUAUUCAGAUCAAGGGACUGUAAACCCAUCGCCGCUGCAGGUAAAAUAAGGGCCGUCAUCGCUGCCUAUAAUUGUCAUAUUAUGGCCUUUCCACAAGCCAGUUACUCAGGAGUUAAAUACAAGUAAAUAAAUUCCCUCAACCUGAAUUACCAGAAUAAAUUCUCUCACCA